AUGUCGGCUCUCUCUAAUUGUUCAACGACUGUUUGGGCAGUGAAUGCAACAACAAUUGCUGGUUCACCUACGGGUAUUGCAGCUUUCAAUUCAACAUUGUUAAAUGGACCAUUUGGCCUCAUGGUUGGUACAAAUGAUUCGAUUUAUGUCAUGGAUUAUAAGAAUCCAAACUAUCGUAUGCAACUUUUUUAUCCAGGUAGUCAAUUAGGAACAAUAAUAAUUAACACCACCAAAGGCACAGGUCUCAAUCAGUUCUCUCAGAUCAACGCUCUUAGCUUGGAUAUAAGUGGUAAUAUCUAUAUACUUGACGCGGGAAACUAUCGUGUUACAAAAUGGGCCCCAGGAGCAUCAACGGGUAUAGUUGUAGUCAGUGCUAACGGAUCGGGCACUUCUCUCAACCAACUAAAUACUCCUUACGACUUUUUCGUUGAACCAAAUACAUCGUAUAUUUGGAUAGCUGAUUCAUUCAAUAAUCGGAUUGUCAAAUGGAUAAAUACAUCGACUGUAACACUUGUCGCAGGGGGUGCUCAAGGUUCAGGAGCCGAUCAAUUUUAUAAACCUGAAGGAUUAUUCGUUGACACUUCUGAUUCGAAUACAUUAUAUGUAUCAGACACAUAUAAUCAUAGAAUCCAAAAAUGGCUUUAUGGAGCAAGCAAUGGAACAACGGUAGCCGGACAACAAUCAGGUGUGUCUGGUAGUGCACUUAAUCAACUUAAUUAUCCAGCGACUUUGACUAUGGACACGAACAAAUCAUUGUACAUUGUGGACUAUGGAAAUAAUCGAGUCGUUUUAUGGUUAUUAGGAUCUACAUCGGGUAUACUCAUUGCUGGUACAGGCGUUGCUGGAGUAUUACCAUCUCAACUACAUAAUCCUUACAGUGUCAAAUUAGAUUCAACUGGAGCACUUAUUGUCAAUGAUUAUUAUAACAAUCGGAUUCAAAGAUUUCCUGUUCUUUGCUCGCCAAAUAUGACGCCCUCCUCGUCAUCAUCAACAGCAUCAGUAUCAACUAACUCAACCUCAAUUGCUGCUAUAUUACAAAACACAACAAUGGCUGUUUCACUUACUACCAAUAGUCUUACAACAUUAGCAAGUAAGAUAUAUCCAAAAAUUGAUUUUGUAAUAUUUAUUUUAAUUAAAGAUUAA